AUGCAGCCUGCGGCCUCUGCCCAAGCCGCGUCGCAUUCUGCGGGGGAGAUUCAGGCGAGGGUCGGUGGCGGCGAGGAGGAGGAAGAUGAUGAAGCGAUGGAGCUACUGACCGUCAUGACCGUCGAUCUAAUCACCGGCUACGAGCAGCAGGAGCAGCAGCUGAUGCUUCGGUUCGAGCAGCUGCAGCUAAUGCAACAGGAGCAUCUGGAGCAGUCGCAGCAGUUCGAGGACCUUCAGGAGCUGCGGCGGCAAGUGCGUCAACUCCAGCGGCAGGUGCGGGAGGCCGGGGCGCAGCUGCAGAGCUCCCAGCGGCUGGUGCGGCUGCGUGCGGAGCGGCUGCAGGAGGCGUUCGACACCCGAGGGGACGUGUUGCUGGCGGAGUUCGAAGCCUCCAUCCCGGACUUUGUGAGCGGCGCGGAGCGGCUGGCGAAGCGAGUGGAGCCGCGCCGGCUGGUCAUGACCAUGGCCUGGAAGGUUUUCAACGGAGCGCCCCUGAGCUGGGACGGCGUCCUGUCCGCGGUGGUGUACUGCGCGCUGCUCGUCAAGAGUCUCGGGGCCUGCGGGCGGCUGGGAGACUCGGAGAAGACGCGGCCCCUGACGGACCUGGUGGCCGCUGUGCUGCUGGUCGAACGCAGAAGCUGGCUCAUGGAGCACGGAGGCUGGGUGAGGGGUUACACACCACCAACACCGCCACCACCAACACCACCGCCACCACCACCACCAACACCACCACCAACACCACUACCGUCGCCAACACCAACACCACCACCAACACCACUACCACCACCAACACCACU